GAGAGAGAGAGAGAGAGAGAGCGAGAGAAAAGAGAGAGAGAGACUCUGCACCACUUUCAAUUCUGGAGUGCGGUCUGUUGUAGGCAGCGCGUGGCACCGCCCACUGACGGGGAAAACAAAAGUUUGUGAAAAGCAUAGUUUCGUUUCUUGCCCCUCUCUCUCUUUCUCUCUCUCUUUCUGUUUCUGUACUUGUCUCACUCUACACCACAUCAUCUUGCCUGGGGUGGGGGGGCACGGGUGCUGUUGGUGCUGCACCCUUGUGUUUGUAAGUGUGUAAGCGUGUGUGUGAGUGAGAGAGAGAGCUGAUAUAUAAGCUCAGUGCUCUCUGACGUGCUCUUUCUCUGUUGUGAGCUGCGUUCACUAUGAACACUCUCCCAGCCUAUUCAGGGGCCAGGAUCUCAGGCUGCUGGGCACUGAGGGCCGACGGCAGUGGAGGAGGGGAAGGCUCUUUGGACAGACUUUUACCAGCUGUGAACACGACCCUGUCACCACGCAAACGAACAACCAGCCAAUGCAAAUCAGAACCACCGCUACUGCGCACCAGCAAAAGAACCAUCUACACGGCCGGCCGCCCACCCUGGUACAAUGAACACGGGGCCCAGUCCAAAGAAGCGUUCGUUAUUGGUCUGUGCGGCGGGAGCGCCUCUGGGAAAACAACAGUGGCCCGCAAGAUCAUUGAGGCUCUGGAUGUUCCAUGGGUCGUGCUCUUGUCGAUGGAUUCCUUCUAUAAAGUCCUCUCGAAAGAGGAGCAGGAGUUGGCUGCCAGUAACGACUAUAACUUCGACCAUCCGGAUGCAUUCGACUUCGUCCUGCUCUCCCACACACUCCGCAAACUCAAACAGGGUAAAAGUGUGAAGAUCCCAGUGUACGACUUCACCACACACGGCCGGCAGAAAGAAUGGAAAAUUGUUUAUGGAGCCAGCGUCAUCAUAUUUGAAGGAAUCAUGUCGUUUGCAGACAAGGAGCUGCUGAAGCUGUUGGACAUGAAGAUCUUUGUGGACACAGACUCUGAUAUCCGGCUGGUACGGAGGCUGAGGAGGGACAUUAUGGAACGCGGGCGGGACAUUGAAGGAGUUAUCAAACAGUACAACAAGUUUGUGAAGCCGGCUUUUGAACAGUAUAUAGAGCCCACAAUGAGACUGGCAGACAUCGUCGUUCCCCGCGGUGGGGGAAACAUGGUGGCUAUUGAUCUGAUAGUGCAGCAUGUGCACAGUCAGCUGGAGGAGAGGAAACUCCGCUGGGAUAUGGCGGCACUGGCCUCGGCCCAUCAAGCCCAGCCCCUCCCACAGACGCUCAGUGUUCUGGAGAACACGCCGCAGGUCCGCGGCAUGCACACCAUUAUCAGGAAUAAGGACACGAACCGAGACGAGUUCAUCUUCUACUCUAAACGUCUGAUGAGACUCCUGAUCGAGAGAGCGCUCUCCUUCCUUCCAUCUCAGGUCCGAGUUGUUCAGACCCCGCAAGGUCAGGACUAUGAAGGACGGACGUUCCACGGUAAAAGGAUCACGGGUGUGUCCAUCCUCCGAGCCGGAGAAACCAUGGAGCCCGCGCUACGCGCCGUCUGCAAGGACGUCCGCAUCGGCAAGAUCCUCAUUCAGACCAAUCAGGACACAGGAGAGCCUGAGUUGCACUACCUGCGUUUGCCCAAAGACAUCAGUGAGGACCAUGUGAUCCUGAUGGACUGCACCGUGUCCACUGGAGCUGCUGCCAUGAUGGCGGUGCGAGUGCUACUGGAUCAUGAUGUUCAGGAGGAUAAGAUUCUGCUGGUGUCUCUGCUGAUGGCUGAGAUGGGGGUGCACUCUGUGGCAUACGCCUUUCCCCAGGUUAAAAUCAUCACCACCGCCGUCGACAAGAAGGUCAACGACCUGUUCCACAUCAUCCCCGGCAUCGGAAACUUCGGGGAUCGGUAUUUUGGCACGGACGCUCCGCCGGACUGGAGUGAUGAUGACAUGGACGAGCCCAGCUACUGACUGGCCCAUUCCAACUGAACGUAAUGGACAGGAACGUCUGCUUAGCCCUCAAGAAAUUCAACCACCAGUGAGCCUGAGCCUGCUGCUGAACCCCUGACCCCCUGACCACUAGAUCUGUACUGGUUCUCUCUUAAAUUCUUAAAUGCACUUCAGACCUGACGAGUCUGAGUAUCAGAAAACAGAUACAGACAUCGAGAUACAGAGAGGAGAGAGCAGAUGAAGCUCUCGUACCUUAUUAUUAUAUAUAUUUAGUUUUACUGACAGUAUGGCAGAUUUUCUGAACAUCCAGUGUGUUUAUAAAAAAAGGCAUAUUUUCUGAGGUUUACUCCAGAUUAGAAGUGUUUGUUGUAAAUAUUUAUUAUCUUUCUUUCUGUCAGGUUGUUUCAAUUCUAUUUAUCUAAGUUAUGAUGUGCCUUACGUGUUUGUUUGCCGCCACUGAAGAAGUUUUAGCCAGUUUUUUUAUCCGGUGUGAAGUGAAUGUUCUCAACGACGCAGCUGAAUGUGGAAACUUCUUUUUUUUUUUACUUGUGUGUUUUUUUUUUUAAGAAGUUUUUGCUUUGUAAACACGAGUAAAACAAGUCAAGCUUACAGCUUUGCCUUUCUGCACAUAGAAAGUGCUUUCUUUGAAGGACCACCUCACCACUUCGUCGGAAAAUAUGUGUGGGCGUUGUUUCUUUAACUCCUUGGUUUCCCCCCUGCUUUACCUGUGCAGAUCUGCUGACCAAACCGCAGCUGCCUGCGAGCGCGAAAAUGAAGCUUUUAGAACAAUGGAGCGAGCAUGUGACCUACAAACCCGGCGACUGCUCCGCUGCUGCUGCAUGUUCUCCAGUCCAUUUAGCUGAAGAUCCACUGAAAAGCAGAGCGCAGAAUCACUUAGUUUCAGAUUACUGUCAGUGAGUAUUUAUUUAUUUGAAGUUUAGAAAGAUGACUUUCUAUGGAAGGAUAAUUAGGUUCAGAGGAAAUGAUCAAUACUUGAGUUCAGGGGUGGGCAACAUUUCAAUAUUCUUGGCGAUAUUACAAAACAAAAAUAAUUACUGCAACAAAAUACAUAUUAAAGUUUAUUUGGAGAUAUUGUUGCACGCAAUAUGAUACAACACACCCCCAAUUAAGGUUUUCUGCAGAUUGUAACAGACGUAAAUAUUCCAACAUGCCAUGAUACUAAUAAUGCACUCCAUCGAUCCGGGAUUGAAGUGAAAUAAAUGAUACUGGACAGAUAUAGUCAGAUAUAAUACGUCUGUAGUAAUUAUUAAAUGGGGAAUGAGAACAGUAUGAAUUUUCCUUUUUCUACAAACAGCAAAAAAUAAAUAAAUAAUUGUACCCCAAUGGCUUAUAUAGCCCUAAAUUAAUAUCACAAUAUUUUAAGGUAUUUUUGCAAUAGCGACAUUUAAAAAAUCAGGUGAUAUUAUUGCGUAUGAUGCAAUAUGACACACCCCUACUUUAAAUACUUGUGAAAAAAACCUAGAGAACAUGCGUAUAUCAUUGUUGAUAUGACAGUGCUUUACAGUCACUCUUAAAAAACAAAAUAGCAGACUUUGUAAUAUUUGUAAUAUUUUGAGAAUGAAGUCGUAAAAUGUCAAGAAAAAGAGUCAUAAUAUUUUUUUUAAAUCAAGUCAUAUUUCUAUUAGUGAAUCUGAUAUAAAAGUAACUAUAACUAUACCUCAGUGUCCCUUAUUCUAAUACAAAAAGGUUUCUGUGUUGCUGUUGCAAACUCUUUACCCAUAAGAAUAAAAAACUUUCUUGGUUGUAAUGAAAGUUUUUUUUGUUUAAAUAAUUAUAAAUUAUUCUAAAAUAUUAUGAUUUUAUUUACAAACUAUUAUGACUUCAUUCUUAAAAUACCUCUGAAAAUAUUAUGCUUUUAUUUUUUUUAUUAUUAUUAUUUAUUUUUUAAUACAGAUGUGUUCUGUAUUGAUUUGACAAUAAAAUUUGAACAACACUCCAGACAUGCCAGAUUUGAGAGACUGUACAUAAAAUGUAGACAAUCCUUCUUAUUCUCUAUAUAAAGUUCCACAAAGAGUUUAUCAUAACAAAGCCACCAAUGAAAAAUGUAGUCUACUGGAUAUUAAAUAAAAAUGAUAAUUUUUAUUUAAUAAAAUAUAAUUUUUAAACCUAAAAUAUAACAUGAAGGGUAGAACGGUGCUUUAAUUUUCACUGAAUUCCAAAUAUCGUUUAAUAACAGUGAAACCAGUGUUUGCUAAGAAGCCACCACCCUUUUUUUUUUUUUUCUUUUUUUUUUUUUAACCUACAAUAAAAGCUGGUAUGAUGACACCAUGAGCAUCAUACAGUGUGUGUACUGCUGCAUUUUCCAUAUUGGAUUAAAAUGGGUUUGAAUAGCAGUUGUGUGUUGAUAGUUUGUGUUUAACAUGAUGAAGUUGCUAUAGAAUUACCGGUACCACUUUAUAAUAAGGCAUGAAUGAUUUAUAAAGGAGUUUAUUAAUAUUUAUUAAUUAGGUUGCAAAUACUUUAAAACCCAUUAAUGAGCAGUUAAUAAAUAUAUCUAAUAUCUAAUAUAUAAACCCUUAAAGGACUACCCUUUAAAGGUAGACUUAUUUUAAAGUGUCACCGAAUUACCAAAGUAGAUUUUAUAAAAUUAUCUAAUCAUCUAAUCUAGCACUCACUGCUUCAGGCGUGGUGCAGACGUGUUUGUGUGUAAUGUUACCCCACUGAGCACUUGUAGAGAAAUGAGUAAAAGUGUGUAAUUGGAUAAUGCUUUUUAUUUAAUGUUUUUUUAUGUGAAAUAUUUUUGAAUUGGGUGAUUUUAUGUUUUUUUUGUUUUUUUUUCUUUUUUUUUUUCCUUUUAUUCAUUUGUUAUAAAAGUGUACUGCAUUGAUCUGGCCUUUAUGGGAAACCACAGCACUCAAAAUCCUAAAGUGUUAAAAAUCUAAUUACUAUAUUAUACAGUCUAUAAACGGGUCAAUAUCAGUAUAUAACGUGCCUUUGUGUACACAGCAUACUAGUUUUCAUUUAGCUAUUUUAUUUAAAAAUAUCAAGCUUUUUAAAGGUCUUGGGAUAACUCCACCUCUUUAAAAAAAUUACCUUUCAUAUCAGUGACAUCACAACCAUCACACAAUAUUAAUUUCACUUCAUGUUUCUUAUAUUGUGUCCAUACUUUCUGAGAUUAACUGAAUCAAGCUGUCCACUCUGUCAUAGUCAAAUAUGACAGUAAUAUAAAAUAAAUUUAGGGAAUGAAAAUUUAUCAUUGAAACAGAACAAGGCGAUCGUGAAAAAUGUCUGCAACUUAAGGUCAAGCACACAUGAAAAUAUGAACAUUUCUGCUAAUAAUGUCGCAUGCAUAAAAUGGAGGGAAAAAAGAGGGUUAAGCAUCUGUGUAGUCUAAAACCCUAUAAAUAUGAUGGCUAAUCAAUAGAAUUAAUAUAAAAAAAAUUUUAAAAUCUGAAAAUUGCUCCUUUUUUGUUUUUGAUAUUUUUAAUUAUUUGUUGAACAACUACAGCUUAUUUAGCUCAAAAGGUCAAUCUUAAAACAUCUUAAAAUAAUGAGUAAAUUUAUAAUCCAGUCAUACCUUCUACUUUAUGUAGAUUUUUUUUGUUGGUAAUUUGAUCUGAUUCUUGUUUAGUGGUUUGUUAUUCUAAGUGUACUGAGAUAAACUGCAUUAUUAUCACAGGUUAAAAAAUAUCAUUUCCAUACACACCAUACAGAAUUGACCGUACAGAAACUGUUACACUCAUCUUACAAACAGAGUUUAGAUUAUUUAAACCAGUGGACUUGUUUUAAUCUGCACCUAAAUCAGAGUUUAACAGAUACAGUCCAGAUCACUCCAGGUUCAUUGUGUCUGCUGUAGAUUACUGCACUGUGUUCAGUAUGUCUCUGUGUGUUUUGAACCUGUUUUAGAUGGUGUGCACUGAAUGUAUCCAAAUUGCUGUUUUACACAGAGAUAGAUACCCUGUGAGAUGCUGUAUUUUUAUAUUAUUGUUAUUUAUAACAUGUAUCUUGCUGCAUGGGCUUCUUACAAUAAAAGUGCAAUAUAAAUAUA